AUGGGCAUCAAAGGUCUUACGUCCUUGCUGGCGGACGAGGCGCCAGGAUGCAUUAAGCACCAUGAUAUCAAGACACUAUUUGGUCGGAAGGUUGCCAUUGACGCAUCCAUGAGUCUGUACCAGUUUCUCAUUGCCGUUCGCCAGUCAGAUGGGCAGCAAAUGAUGUCAGAUUCCGGUAAAGUCACUAGUCAUUUGCUUGGCUUCUUUUAUCGAACCAUACGCAUGGUGGACUAUGGCAUCAAACCCGUCUACGUGUUUGAUGGUAAGCCUCCUGAUCUCAAAAAGGACGUGCUGGCAAAGCGCUUUGGACGACGCGAGGAGGCGCGUGCCGAGGAAGAAGAGAAAAAAGAUAUCGCUGACAGCGAAACGCUAGAUCAGCUGGCACGCCGUCAAGUGCGUCCAACCAGGGAGCAUAAUGCUGAGGUGCAGCGCUUGCUCACACUCAUGGGUAUCCCCUGGGUUGUGUCACCAUCAGAAGCGGAGGCACAAUGUGCCGAGCUCGCUCGCGCAGGUAAAGUCUACGCAGCAGGCUCUGAAGACAUGGACACACUCACGUUUGGCUCGCCUAUCCUAUUGAAAAAUCUCACAGCCAGCGAACAAAAGAAGCUGCCUGUGACAGAGGUCAACUUGCAUAAGGCGCUCGAAGAGCUCAACAUGCCAAUGAGUCAAUUUGUCGACUUGUGCAUGUUGCUGGGAUGCGACUACCUGGACCCCAUCCGUGGCGUGGGACCUAAAAAAGCACUCAAGCUUAUUCAGGAACAUGAAACUCUGGAGCGCGUCCUAGAUCAUUUGCAUCUAACGUCUGCUAAGAAGAACCCACCCAGCGACGGAAAUGACGAAGAAGUCUCAUCGAAAAAGCGCGCUGGCGCCAUCCAAGUGCCUGACAUCUGGCCCUUUCAAGAGGCACGGAGCCUAUUUCAAUCACCCGAGGUGCUAGACGGCCACAACAUCCAGCUCAAGUGGGACCAGCCCAAGACAGAAGAGCUAGUAUCUUUCCUAUGCGGCGAAAACGGAUUUGGCGAGGAGCGCGUGCGCCGGAGUUGCGAAAAAUUAUCGCACGCCGUUGGCCAGAAGCAACAGGGACGUUUGGAUGGUUUCUUUUCCAUUCAGCCAAAACAACAAGCACCGUCUGCACCUACGUCAACUAAGCGCAAAGCUGCGUCUAAUUCAGCCAAUGAAAAAUCAUCUCGUCGGCGUUAA